AUGCAGCAGAGCGUGCUAUUCCCACUUUCCAUCAACCCGCCCCAUUCUCUCGCUUUCCAUCACCCCGCCCCAUUCUCCCGCUUUCCAUCACCCCGCCCCAUUCUACCUAUUUCCAUCACGCCGCCCUAUUCUCCCACUUUCCAUCACCCAACCCAUUUCUCCCUCUUUCCAUCAUCGCGCCCCAUUCUCCCUCUUUCCAUUACCCCGCCCUAUUCUUCCUCUUUCCAUCACCCCGCCCCGUUCUCCCGCUUUCCAUCACCCCGCCCCGUUCUCCCGCUUUCCAUCAUCCCGCCCCGUUCUCCCGCUUUCCAUCACCCCGCCCCGUUCUCCCACUUUCCAUCACCCCACCCCGUUCUCCCGCUUUCCAUCACCCCGCCCCGUUCUCCCGCUUUCCAUCACCCUGCCCCAUUCUCCCGUUUUCCAUCACCCCGACCCGUUCUCCCGCUUUCCAUCACCCCGCCCCGUUCUCCCGCUUUCCAUCACCCCGCCCCAUUCUCCCUCCUUCCAUCACCCCGCCCCAUUCUCCCGCUUUCUAUCACCCCUCCCCAUUCUCCCGCUUUCCAUCACCCCGCCCCAUUCUCCCGCUUUCCAUCACCCCGCCCCAUUCUCCCGCUUUCCAUCACACCGCCCCAUUCUCCCGCUUUCCAUCACCCCGCCCCAUUCUCCCGCUUUCCAUCACCCCGCCCCAUUCUCCCGCUUUCCAUCACCCCGCCCCGUUCUCCCGCUUUCCAUCACCCCGCCCCAUUCUCCCGCUUUCCAUCACCCCGCCCCGAUCUCCCGCUUUCCAUUACCCUGCCCCAUUCUCCCUCUUUCCAUCACCCCGCCCCGUUCUCCCGCUUUCCAUCACUCCGCCCCAUUCUCCCGCUUUCCAUCACCCCGCCCCAUUCUCCCGCUUUCUAUCACCCCGCCCCAUUCUCCCGCUUUCCAUCACCCCGCCCCAUUCUCCCUCCUUCCAUCACCCCGCCCCAUUCUCCCGCUUUCCAUCACCCCGCCCCAUUCUCCCGGGACCAGGCACGCUCUUGGACCAGGCAAGCUCCUGGACCAGGCAAGCUCCUAGACCAGGCAAGCUCCUGGACCAGGCAAGCUCCUGGACCAGGCACGCUCUUGGACCAGGCAAGCUCCUGGACCAGGCAAGCUCCUGGACCAAUCAAGCUCCUGGACCAGGCAAGCUCCUGGACAAGGCAAGCUCCUGGACCAGGCAAACUCUUGGACCCCGCCCCAUUCUCCCGCUUUUAUCACCCCGCCCCAUUCUCCCGCUUUCCAUCACCCCGCCCCAUUCUCCCGCUUUCCAUCACCCCGGCCCAUUUUCCCGCUUUCCAUCACCCCGCCCCAUUCUCCCGCUUUCCAUCACCCCGCCCCAUUCUCCCGCUUUCCAUCACCCCGCCCCAUUCUCCCGCUUUCUAUCACCCCGCCCCAUUCUCCCGCUUUCCAUCACCCCGCCCCAUUCUCCCGCUUUCCAUCACCCCGCCCCAUUCUCCUGCUUUCCAUCACCCCGGCCCAUUUUCCCGCUUUCCAUCACCCCGCCCCAUUCUCCCGCUUUCCAUCACCCCGCCCCAUUCUCCCUCCUUCCAUCACCCCGCCCCAUUCUCCCGCUUUCUAUCACCCCUCCCCAUUCUCCCGCUUUCCAUCACCCCGCCCCAUUCUCCCGCUUUCCAUCACCCCGCCCCAUUCUCCCGCUUUCCAUCACACCGCCCCAUUCUCCCGCUUUCCAUCACCCCGCCCCAUUCUCCCUCCUUCCAUCACCCCGCCCCAUUCUCCCGCUUUCCAUCACCCCGCCCCAUUCUCCCACUUUCCAUCACCCCGCCCCAUUCUCCCUCCUUCCAUCACCCCGCCCCAUUCUCCCUCCUUCCAUCAUCCCACCCCAUUCUCCCGCUUUCCAUCACACCGCCCCAUUGUCCCGCUUUCCAUCACCCCGCCCCAUUCUCCCGCUUUCCAUCACCCCGCCCCAUUCUCCCGCUUUCCAUCACCCCGCCCCAUUCUACCGCUUUCCAUCACCCCGCCCCAUUCUCCCGGGACUAG